AUGUCUCUCUUUAAAUCAUUAAUUUUUAUUAAAGAAAAUGCUGAUUUUAAGUUGGUAGAAAUGAUGAUAGUAUUUGUCUAUGACACUGCAAGGUGUUGUAAAGAAGAUGAUGAUCCUGCAGAAGCAGUUAUGUACUUCCAUCCAGCAUGGGUAUCUCUUACCCAAAGGCUAGCCCUAGCAGGUCAAUUGAUGGCUGUUAAUCAAUUUCUUACUACUUCAUUUUUUGCCCCAAAAUCAAUUACAUUACAGGGAGGAAAAUUUGUACUGAAGAAAUUUGGACAGUACAUACUUGCAGUAGGAACUGAUAGGAAUAUUCAUGAUUGGGUUCUAGAAAGGCGUGCAAACACUCUGGAAUCAUUGCUACAAUUUUUUCAUUGUGAUCUUAAUAAAAUAUUAGAAUCAUUUAAUAAUGACAGAAAUAAAUUUACAGAAAAGUUAUAUCAAAUGUUUGAAACAUAUUUGCCAAUUCUUCAAUAUAGUGCCAAUCUUUUUUCUAACAUUCCCAUCAUUAAACUUCCAAAGAGUGCUAGUAAUAUAUUUUUAGAGGCAAUUCAAGUAUUGCAAUAUUGUCAAGAGACUAAUGGUAUUAUUGGUGGUGCACUCUUCUAUAACAAUAAGGUAGUUGCUACUCAAUUGAGUCCUGAUUUGACCAAACAAAUUGUUAUAACCGAUCCGUAUAGAAUAAAGGCACCUGCAGAGAGAAUAUUAACAGAAUUUCACUUACCUGUUGGGGUGCAAUUAAUGAGAGUGUAUGUUGAACAGAAACAAUUCACAAAACUUUUACAAGAAGCAAAUAAUGAACGAUAUUACAGUUCUUAUCUGGAUUCCGCUUCAAAGAAAAUCUUACAAAGAAAGACUAUGUCCAAAAAUGCUAAGGAAUUACCUUUGUCCGGGAUGAAACGUGACACUUCUCGUAUUUUUACCGUACCUGAAGAAGCAGAAUUAGAUUCGUCACAGUAUAACGAUAAUAACCAUUAUGUACCUUCCGUUCCACUUACAACUUACAAUUCUCCGGUUAAACGCAAACAGGAAAGUAAAUCAGACCGUCCUAAGUGUGCAAAUCCUUUAACACCAAGCGUUUGUUCUACACCUUUAAAAGAUAUUAAUAGAGUAUUACACGGUAAUGCGAUGCUGAUAUGUAAUACAAACGAAGAGACAAACGGUGAAACAGAAGAUGAAAAGAAAGAAGUAAGGACAAAUGUUGAUGAUAUUCCAGACGUUGUUAAGGAAGCCCUUAGAUGUAAACGUUUAAAUAAAUUACGAAACGAAACAGCAAAAGAGAAAUUAUUGAAAAGGAAAGAAUUCAAUAAAAAGAGUUUAAGUAUGCAUGAUUUAGAAACAUCUACAAGUUUCUACUCUAAUCGUAUAUCAGUUAGGACAUACGGUUUAGGCUUACCACAAACGAAAACUAGUGUGUCCCCUGAAUCUUCCCCCCGAAAGAAACCUUUGUAUAAAAAACAGUUUCAUACGAUUACCGAUCCUUGUUAUCCUGUAUUUCGAUGCGAUGGAUUACCAGUAUCUCAAUCUCUAUACGAGCAAUACAUAUCUUCACAUUAUGAAGAACUUAAAGAUGAUCAAAACUAUUUAGUGAAUCAUAAUGACUUUUUAGCGAGUAUAACGAAAGAUAGUAACGCGAAGAAUAUAACGAACAACUGUGAUACGAUAACUAGUGAUAAUUCUGAAAAUCCAGGUAAUUCUCAUGAUGUUAAAUUAAGUAAUAAAACGAAACAGGAAACUUAUCGUAGAUCGAUGAGUCUUCCUUUGAAACCACUCAAUGUUACUGACAACGAUGAUAGACGAAAAUCAACAUCAGAAUGUGGUAAUUCGUACGACUUCCUUCAGAAGAAAAAAUUAGACGGUUUACAGUUAACACCACUUAUGUCCAAACUUAGUUUACUUGCUGAUGAGAAAACUAGCGGUUUUUGUAGUAGAGAAACUACUCCUAGCGAGUUUCGUGAUCUGUCUGGAUUUUCAACAACAAAUCAAUUGAUCAAGCAAAAAUUAGAAGCAGUCAAUAAAGAAACUGGUAGUGAAGGAGAUGAUGAACUCGAAGAAGAUUGGAUGACCACCUCUAAAAAUGAAGUUUGUCUUGAGAAAACAGAAUUAUUUCUUUGUGGACAUCAAAACAUGGUAUUAGUAUUGUUAAUGGAAAAUGGAACUGCCAAUAACCCUGAUCUUAUACACUUUCUUUGGCAAACUUGUGUAAGUACGUUAGGAAAACUUGAAGCAAGAUUGCAGCAAUGUCUAGAACCUAUGCCAUCGAAUGAAAAUAAAGAAUUAUAUAGUAUUUUAAGCAUCGAUCCCCAAUGGGAUACGAUACAUCGUUCUGGACUUUGGGGUGUCACUGAGUUGGACAUUGUUUCUUGUCUUCAUGAUAGAUUCAAGCAUGCUAGUAACCUCACGGAUAUCAUUGUCAGAACGGAAGAUACUGUUGUUUAUGGUAACCAGUGCGGAAACAUAGAGGUAUUUUAUCAACAAGCGGUGGCUCCAAAUACCUCUGGAGGACUUCCGACUCCUGCAGAUUUAAUGGGAAUUGUAUCUCUUAAAGCAAAACGUAGACUAGAAAGAGAUCACGGGAUUGUAUUAUUAUAAAUUACAAUUGUCUACAAAUAUCUACAUAACAAUAUCAUUCCAAAUUAAUUUAUUUCAUUUAAUAUUGUGUUUAUUGUACACUAUGGCAUGCCAAAUUAAUGAUAUGAUACAUCACAUUUUGUACAUAUUUUUUGCGUAUAGUAAUAGGUGAAUUUUUCGAAUUCAUUACUUAAUAAUUAUAGGAACAUUCUCUUUAAAAUGGUAUUCAAAACGAGAACGAAUUCCUGCAUUUAGUAAUUAGCAUGUAACAGUAGUUGAAUUUUUAUUACUAUAGUGAUAACUUUCAAAUAAUCGUGCAUAGAUAUCAUGUAUACAUUCUAAUGUAUAUAUAGAUAGUAUCAUAUUUAUUUAAAAUGUCCACAUCAUGAGUAAGAAACGAUAAGUUCAAAUUUUCAUAUCUUUGCAAAAACUAAAAUAAUAACCAACAAUCUAUUAAUUUAAUCAACUAAUAUCACAAAAAUGAAUCGCGACAUGUCGAUAGUAAAAGUAUUGUCGAAUAUUCUACGCAUAUUUUUGUAACGAAGAAGACACCCUACUCGGUAUAAUAAUUUAAGAAUUGGCUGUAAUCAAAAAGAUUUACAUGUACCAACCAUACAUAAUAAAACUGGUAUUAAGGCAUUUCUAUUUUCUUGUCUAUAGAAAAGUGUAUUUUAAUAUGAAAUGUUACGCGUUUUACUAAAUGCAUUACUUAAAAGGUUCAUAUUAAUUAUUGGCAAUAUCACUAUCAUAUAAAAAUAAUAUCAAAAAUUCUUAGUUAACUCGCUGAAUGCAAAUUAUAUAUUUUACUCUUAGAUUGUUUAUAAUAGAAACAAGUGAUUUUUAUUAUGUAUGGUUUCAAAGUAAUGCAAUACCUAAAGUUGCAAUAGAAUAGCAUGAUGUGACAAUGCUUUUUCAAUUCUAAGCUUUAGAUGUCUUAGAAAAAAUAAACAACAUUAUAGUAUUGUACUACUACGUCCAAAUUAAGUGAUAUUUAGCAUUAAUUAAAUAAUUUAUUUAUGUAUUUAAGAUUGUGUUAUUAUCAGUAAAAAUUCGUAUAACGAAUAGGUGUAAUGAUUGUUAAGUAUUGUUUAACUUUCUAAUAAUUCAGUGUUAUAUAAAUGUGGAUUUAUAUUUUAUGUAUUAAAAAUGCAUAAUUUCUAAUCUAUGAUAUCACUGAGUAUACAUUUCAAUCAUCUAAUCUAGUCAUCUAACAUGUUACCAGAAACAUUAUUUCUGUAGCAAAAUUAAACUCAAUCUAACAGAUUAAAAUGUUUCAUUCAAUUGAAAACAAUCCAAACCGAAGGGAAAUCAUAGAUAUUUAUCCACGUGUAGUACAAGUCAUAAUUAAACUUUUUAAAAAUCUUA